GUCUAAUCCGGUGUUGAGACUGCUUUUCACUUCACCACCGAUAGCAGAUAUAAAUGGAUGCAGCUCGCGCCGUGCAUUUACUCCGUACUCUCUUGGCUGGGCCUGCGCGUUAGCGAGCAGAGUGAGGAGAGGGAGGGAAUAGCGGCGGCAGUAGCAGCAAGCCUCCAGCCCCGUAAUCGAGAAAGAAACGCGAAUUUAUGCAAGAACGAAGUGCUGUAAUUUCCUCGGUUGGUGGGCUACAUCGGCUAAACUAAGUCCACCAGAGGUUCAGGCGACAGAGGGGGGCGUUUGUGGUGGCAACCUAAGACAUUUGGGAACUCCGUAGGAGCAAAACAACAACAGCACAAUAAAGGAUUUCACACACAGGCAGUGACAAUAAAACAAUACGUAUCGACAAGUAGACUGGUUGCUGCCGAGGGAGCAGGCAGGACUAGCAAAAAAAGGAAUUAAAUACGUCAUCUGCCUCUCCCUUCAGGUAUUUAAACGUUAUUUUCAAAACUGCAGUUCUAGCAGAACUUUAAACUCAUGAAAACUCGUGUCUUCAUAGCUAGCUACUGUAGCUAACUAGCUUUGGCUAGAGUUUAGCUAACGAGUUUGCGUUAUUAGCUAACGCUAGCUGGCUACCGUAAACGUGUUGUUUUCCAAUAAACUUUUGGGGUUGUUUUUACCAACCCAAACAGUGAGGGGGUGCUGCAAGACUAGAGGGGAAGGGCAGGUUCCCUUCUCGACUUAUUCCCCUCUACGUAUUUUCCGAAAAUGAUGGCUGCGGAGGUCAGUGGCGAGGAUACGGGCUCUGUCUCGGCAGGGAAAGGGGUGGCGGGCGGCGGAGGCCCAGAGACGGCCCAUUUUCCGUUUUAUCCCAACCCGACCAGAGUGCGGGUCACUGAUUUGGGCCAGGGAGCUGCAACAAACCUCCGCCACCCGUUGAACACCUCCCCAGACUCCCCCUCUGAUAUAAGUAUGAUUUACCCCGUGUCUGGAGGAGAUAUUGCCGGACCUGCCUUGUCCGCUACAGGGAGUGGCGGACAUGCAAUUAUUCUAGGAACAAGUUCAGGGACCAUUGGCAGUAUGUGCUACCCCCCCAACUCGGAGGGACCCGGCAUCCGGAUGUCACCCACCUCGGUGGGUCCCGACGGGUCAAGUGUCUUCCCCCCUCUGCCACCACCUCCCCCACCACCCCCAGGCUACGGGGGACUCGGAACUGUGGAUGAAAGCGACAUGCAGGAUGGACCUGAAUACGAGGAAGAGGAGGUGGUCUUCCCCCUCUCAGCGCCGCCCACGAACCAGUGGUACCAUGGGAAGCUGGACCGGACCAUUGCUGAGGAGCGGUUGCGGCAGGCCAGGACCCCCGGCAGCUACCUCAUCAGAGAGAGUGACCGCCGGCCCGGCUCCUUUGUCCUGUCCUUUCUCAGCAUGACCAGUGUGGUCAACCACUUCAGGAUAAUCGCCAUGUGUGGAGACUAUUACAUAGGCGGGCGGCGGUUCUCGUCCCUGUCGGACCUGAUUGGUUAUUACAGCUACGUGUCUUGCCUGCUGAAAGGUGAAAAGCUGCUAUCGCCUGUGGCACCCCCAGAGCCUGUAGAGGACAGGAGGAGAGUGAGAGCCAUUCUUCCAUACACCAAAGUGCCAGAGACCGAUGAGAUCAGCUUCCUGAAAGGGGACAUGUUUAUCGUUCACAAUGAACUGGAUGACGGCUGGAUGUGGGUGACCAACGUGAGGACGGAGGAGCAGGGCCUCAUUGUGGAGGACCUGGUGAAGGAGGUGGGACGGGAGGAGGACCCACACGAGGGCAAAGUUUGGUAUCACGGCAAGAUCAGCAAACAAGAGGCCUACAACUUGCUGAUGACAGUUGGCCAAGUGUCCAGCUUCCUGGUCCGGCCGUCAGACAACACACCCGGGGACUACUCCCUUUUUUUCCGCACCAAUGAGAACAUCCAAAGGUUUAAGAUAUGCCCCACUCCCAACAAUCAGUACAUGAUGGGGGGGAGAUACUACAACAGUGUUGAUGACAUUAUUGAGCAUUAUAAGAAAGAGCAGAUCGUGGAGGGCUACAACCUGAAAGAUGCUGUUUCAGUGCAGCAACAGGAACAAGUGCUUUCAGACUUGGUGGACGGCAAGGAGAUCUAUAACACUAUCAGACGGAAAACGAAAGACGCCUUCUACAAAAAUAUUGUCAAGAAAGGCUACCUCCUGUUCAACAAAGGCAAAGGCAAGCGGUGGAAGAACCUCUACUUCAUCUUGGAGGGGAACGACGCCCAGCUCAUCUACUUUGAGAGUGAGAAGAGAGCCACUAAACCCAAAGGCCUGAUUGACCUGAGCGUGUGCUCGGUGUACGGCGUGCACGACAGUCUGUUUGGCAGGCCAAACUGUUUCCAAGUUGUGAUCCAGCACUUUAGUGAGGAACAGUACAUAUUCUACUUUGCUGGCGAGACCCCUGAACAGGCACAGGACUGGAUGAAAUGUCUGCAGACGUUCUGCAGUAACCUUAGGAAGCCCACCCAGCCCACUCCCAACAAGAGGCUCCGACAGGUGAGCAGUCUGGUCCUGUACGUGGAGGAGGCCCAUAAGCUGCCGGUGAAGCACUUCACCAACCCCUACUGCAACAUCUACCUGAACAGUGUGCAGGUGGCCAAGACCCACCCUCGAGAGGGCCAGAACCCAGUCUUCACUGAGGAGUUCAUCUUUGAUGACUUGUCGAGUGAAAUCAACAGGUUUGAAAUCAGCCUGAGUAACAAGACAAAGAAGAGCAAAGAAAGUGACAUCUUGUUCAUGCGUUGCCAGCUGAGCCGACUGCAGAAGGGCCAGAUGAUAGACGAGUGGUUUCCGCUGAGCUCCCACGUGCCUCUGAAAGGCAUCGAGCCGGGCUCCCUGAGGGUGCGAGCCCGCUACUCCAUGGAAAAGAUCAUGCCCGAGGAGGAGUACAGCGAAUUCAAAGAGCUGAUCCUGCUGAAAGAGUUCCAUGUGAUCUAUGCUCUGGCCCAUGUGUGUGGGCAGGACCGCACCCUGCUGGCCAGCAUCCUGCUGCGCAUCUUCAGACACGAGAAGACAGAGGCCCCCUUACUCAGGACACUCAAUGACCGAGAGAUCAACAUGGAGGACGAGGCGACGACCCUGUUCCGAGCGACCACGCUGGCCAGCACGCUGAUGGAGCAGUACAUGAAGGCCACGGCCACACCCUUCGUUCACCACGCCCUCAAAGACACCAUCCUCAAGAUCAUGGAGAGCAAGCAGUCCUGCGAGCUGAAUCCCUCAAAACUGGAGAAGAACGAGGAUGUCAAUCUGAACCUAGCCCACCUCCUCAACAUCCUGUCUGAACUGGUGGAGAAGAUCUUCAUGGCUGCUGAGAUCCUGCCCCCUGUAAAUAGGCUAUCAUCUGUCAUCGAUGAUGACGUCCCCAUCGACGAUGGCUGUCAAUCAUUAUCGUCACCCGAUGACAUCAUUCAUCGGCCCAACCCUAAUAAGACUCUAAGGUAUAUCUAUGGGUGUCUGCAGAAAUCAGUGCAGCAGAAAUGGCCAACCAACACCACCAUGAGAACCAGAGUCGUAAGUGGCUUUGUGUUCCUGAGACUGAUCUGUCCUGCCAUUCUCAACCCAAGAAUGUUCAACAUCAUUGCUGACCCUCCCUCUGCAACAGCAGGCCGUACCCUCACAUUGAUUGCCAAGUCUGUCCAGAACCUGGCUAACCUGGUGGAGUUUGGUGCUAAGGAGCCCUACAUGGAGGGCGUGAACCCCUUCAUCAAAAACAACAAACAUAGGAUGAUCAUGUUUCUGGAUGAGUUGGGGAAUGUCCCUGACCUCCCUGAAGCUACAGAGCACUUUAGGACAGACCUGUCCCGUGACCUCGCAGCCCUGCAUGAGAUCUGUGUCUCUCACUCAGACGACCUCCGCACCCUGAGCAACGAGAGGGGAGCACAGCAGCACGUGCUGAAAAAGCUGCUGGCCAUUACUGAGCUCCUUCAGCAGAAACAGGUUCACUAUGCCAUGUCCAACAGCAACAGGACCGAGUGCACCAUCAUGGCAUUGGCUGCCACCAUCCAGGUAAUGUGAAUUCUACAAAGACUGGACAGGUUGUUCAGUCAACCAAACCACCAAGCCCUGACAUGGAGCGCUGGACCGGAGACUAGGUGAAUUUGUAUUGAGCAUGUAGCUUUCUGGACGUGUCGGUCUACUAUGGCUGGCUGACGAUCUGGGAAUCUCUUGCCAGUCCCAAAGCCCUGGAACAGACACCGGUGAAAUAAGGAAGAACUCAUUACCCAAUACUAGGUUGAACUAUAUUCUAGCUGAGAGGGCCAGACAGACGAACAGGACACUGUUAGCCUAUUUUGGCAGUUAUAUUAUAGCUUACAGACAGCUAAAGAAAAUGAUGAACUGGAUCACCUAUAUUUUGAUUGGCUUGGCCUUUGUCCUGAAAUUGGGAGGGGGCCAGACUUGAACCCUAGAGGUACUUACACACUGCCUUUUUAACAGUGGAACCUUCCCAAAGGGCCUCAGGGCAGCGGCGAGCCAAAGCAUCGUAGCGAUAACAACGAUCUUCAGGGAAAUCUAACAUAGCACCUCCAAGACAAGCCUUAAAACUCACUCUACAACCCUAACUCCAAAAUGGCAGUUUACAAUUCACACUAGCUUCUUAUACAGGUAACUGCCAAAAUAGUGGAAACACCUGGGUGGAUGUGGGGUGCAUUUUCCUGGCAUGGUUUAGGUCCACGCAACCCCUAAAGAGUGGAUGACAAUGCCCACAUCCACAGAGUACGAGUGGUCACAUGAGCUUGUAAACGAUGUAAGCCAUGGCCAUCUCAGUCACCAGAUCUCAACCAAAUUGAACACUUAUGGGAGAUUCUGGAGCGGUGCUUGAGACAGCGUUUCUACCACCAACCAAAUGAUGGAAUUUCUCAUGGAAGAAUGGUGUUGCCCCCUUCCAAGAGUUCCAGACACUUGUACAAUCUAUGCCAAGCUGGCGGCUUGUGGUGGCCCAACUCCCUAUUAAGACACUGUUGGUUUUUAUUUUUUCAGUUACCUGUAUAUAGCACUGAAGCUACUAGCUAUAUCUUUUCUAUGCUGCUUUGCCUGUUAUAUGACAAAACCAGUGUUUAUGUAUGUAUAGCUUAUCAUACUCCAUUUAGCUAUCAUACAAAAUGUUAACCUAACAGUUUGUAAGAACUAUUUGUAACAUGUGCAUGUAUAACCCUAUGGAAACUGCCCUGAUGUCUGGGCCUACAUACAGUAUGUGCUGCUCUGAGAAACUAAAGGAACUGAGAAAUCCUCCCUUUAAGCCUGGGCUCAUCAACUGAAGCUUUCAUAUAUUUGCAACUUCAAAUGUAACCCUCACUAACCCACUUUCCUUGGUGAUAACAAGCCAAGAUAAGAGAUUAAUUUUGUGCAGGCCAUGCACAGAUUCACCUCUGUCGUUUGGAUGAGAACUGGCUGACUUAGUACUGCUCAUACAAACCGAUCUAAAAGUCAGACUCAUUUAGGUACAGACUUUACAAACCUCACCCAAGUGUUCAUAGACUUGAUAUGGGUGAGAUUAAACUCCACUCUUCAAAUAUAUAAAUGUCAGCUGUGCUUCAUGGAGCGUGAAACUGUUCUGCUUCCUCUUUAUUUCAUAUAGCUGAUGUGUUUAUUUUUCUAUCUGAUAGACAGAACCUUGCAUCUUAGAUAUACUUGAUCGACCUGGCUAAAUAAAAACUGUUAGUAUGUAUGGAGAAA